GUUUUACUUAGCAAGAACAUCACCAAAACUUUUCCGAAGAGAAUCGUGAUGGCGACAUCAAAAGUUAGACUAAAAGUUUGGUUCGAGAAGAAAAUCACCGAACCUCUUGUCCAGAUCCUGUGCAGAGGUGCUGAGCCAAAGCAGCUGGCUUUCUCUGCGGCAUUGGGCAUUACCAUGGGAGUAUUUCCAGUCUGUGGUGUUACCGUGUUGCUGUGUGGAGUAGCUAUUGCGUUACUUGGAUCUCUUUGUCAUGCUCCUACUGUCAUGUUGUUUAACUUCAUUGCUACUCCUGUUGAACUAAGUCUUGUGGUGCCUUUCUUACGGCUUGGCGAAAAGCUAACCGGUGGACCUCAUUUUCCUCUAACAUCCGAUGCUCUAAAGAAGGUUUUCACAGGCCAAGCUUCCAGUGAAGUUUUCUUAAGCAUUGGUAAUGCGCUACUAGGGUGGCUAAUAGCGACUCCAUUUGUUAUCAUUGGACUAUACAUUCUCUUUCUACCAUGUUUCAAAAUCCUUAUCCGUAAAUUCAGCUCUGUUUCUCCAAGCGCAAAAUCACCAACCAAUCUGCACUCAGACCACAAGUCAAAGGAAAGGGUCGCUUAAGUCAACAGAGACCAAGAACCUCACAUCUCCUACACCGCUCUAUAUCAUUAAGGUUCUUGGUUCCUGCAAAGCUUAACCUGGUGUUGUGCUAUGUGAUGUUGGUGUUUAAGCUUUUCUUCAGCAAUAGGCCGGUAUAUGCAAAUCAGUGAUAAAACUAACAACUUAAAUAGCUUUUAGUGUCGUGUUGUGUGUGUAUAUUGAUGAUAAAUGUACAAGAACAUGGGAUGUCCAAGGGAGUUAUGGGUUCCCAUAUAAAAUAAACCUUUAAUCGUUAAUGUUUUUAAAAUUUAAGAACAAAACAAAAACAAUCUUGUAUGUAUCUUCAUUUGGUUGCAAAGCAAAGCAGUAUAAUCGAAGACAUGAAGUCGAC